AUGAUCUACACCACUGACAUGUUGGACCGCGAGACCAAGGACUCCUAUUGGCUGACUGUGUACGCCAGUGACCACGGCGUGGUCCCUCAGUUUGCGUCGAUCGAGGUGUUCGUUCAGGUUGAGGAUGUGAACGAUAACGCUCCUCUGACCUCGGAGCCUCUGUACCGACCUUCAGUUCCAGAGAACUCCCCCAGAGACGUCUCCGUCAUCCAGAUCUACGCCCAAGACCCCGACGCCACACCCCUGUCCUCCCCGGCCGACCGCCUCACUUACAAGAUCAUCAGCGGAAACCCCCAGAACUUCUUCAGCAUCAACACGCGCACAGGUCUGAUCACGACGACCUCGAGGAAACUUGACCGAGAACAACAAACAGAGCACGUCUUAGAGGUUCUUGUGUCGGACGGCGGUCCCAGUCCCCGGCAGAGCACGGUCUGGGUCAUGGUUCAGGUUCUGGAUGAGAACGACAACAAGCCCACGUUUCCGGAGAAGGUGUUCCAGGUCAAACUCCCCGAGCGAGAGAGGAGGAAGAAGAGCGAGCCCAUCUAUCGAGUGUUCGCCUACGACCGUGAUGAUGGGCCCAACAGCGACCUCUCCUACAGCAUCGUGGACGGGAACGAGGACGGGAAGUUCUUCAUCGACCCAAAGACGGCUGUCGUGUCGUCACGCAAGGCCUUCACGGCGGGGAGCUAUGACAUCCUAACUAUUAAAGCGACAGAUAACGGGCGUCCUCAGAAGGCGUCCACCGCUCGUCUUCACAUCGAGUGGAUCCGUCGUCCGUCCCCCUUCCCUCUCCCCCUGCUCUUUGAUGAGCAGUUUUAUAAUUUCACCGUCAUGGAGAACGAUAAGGUUGCCGAGAUCGUGGGCGUGGUCUCCCUGCAGCAGGGCUCCGCCCCCUUGUGGUUUGACAUCACAGGUUCCAGGUCUUUCCGUGAGAUGUUCUAUAUUCUGCAGACGUGUGGCAGGAACUGUUCCUCAGAAGGUGGGAACACAGACACCGUGUUUGACGUGGAGAAAGCUGUGGGCACCAUCGUCAUUGCGAAACCUCUGGACGCUGAACAGCGCGGAUUCUACAACCUGUCGGUGCAGGCGACCGACGGAACAAACACAGCCUACACACAGGUUCACAUCACCGUCAUCGACAACAAUGACAACGCUCCCAUCUUCUCCCAACCAACCUAUGAUGUCACCAUUUCUGAGGACACGCCCCCUGACACUGAGGUGGUCCAGGUUCUGGCUUCAGACCGUGAUGAGCACCACAAGCUGACGUACUCUCUGCAGAGCUCCAUCGACCCCAACAGCAUGCGUCUGUUCCGCAUCCAUCCACACCUGGGCACCAUCCACACGGCUCAGAGGCUGGACCAUGAGGCCUGCGCCCAGCACAUUCUCACCGUCAUCGUAAAGGACCAAGAGUUCCCAUACAGGAAGAACUUGGCUCGUGUGCUCAUAGAAGUGGAGGAUAUAAAUGACCACGUGCCCAUCUUUACCAGUGCUCUGUAUGAAGGCUUAGUCUACGAGUCAGCAGCAAUGGGGUCAGCUGUAGUCCAGGUCACCGCUCUGGACAAAGACAAAGGCGAGAACGCAGAGCUACGAUACUCUAUUGAAGCAGGGAACACUGGAAAUGCAUUUCUCAUUGAACCAGUUUUGGGAAUCAUCACAAUUGCACGUGACCUGGACUUAUCUAGCAUAGGCCAUUACGUUCUCACAGUCAGAGCGACUGACAGUGGAUCCCCUCCCCUCUCCACCACCACCAUAGUGCGUAUCGCUGUAACCCUCUCUGACAAUGCCGGCCCAAAGUUCCCUCAGCCCGAGUACCAAGCUGAGAUCACAGAGAAUGCAGCGGUCGGGACCUCUGUCACCACAGUCAGUGCAGUCAGUCAGUCCACCCUCACCUAUGACAUCAAGCAGGGAAACACAAACCGUGUUUUCCAGAUAAAUCAGUACAGCGGAGUGAUUACAAGUCAGAAACCUCUAGACUAUGAGACUACAGCUUCUUACACACUGAUAGUCCAGGCCUCAAACAUGGCUGGCAUGGCCUCUAAUGCUACUCUGAUAAUCCAGGUAGUGGAUGAGAAUGAUAACCCACCUAUGUUCCAGCAGCUUCACUAUCGUGGCAGCAUCAGCGAGGCAGCACCAGUCAACAGUGUGGUCCUAAACUCAGAUGACUCACCUCUUGUAAUCAAAGCCACUGAUGCUGACCGCAACCAAAAUGCUCUGUUGGUUUACCAGAUUGUUGAGGACACUGCCAAAAUGUUCUUCACAGUGGAUUCAGGAACUGGCUCCAUCAGAACCAUUGCUAAUCUGGACCAUGAGACAUUUGCCAGCUUCCACUUCCAUGUUCAUGUCAGGGAUAAUGGCAGGCCACAGCUUACGGCAGACAGUCCUACUGAGGUCACAAUACAAGUGAUUGACACUAAUGAUUCUCCCCCUCGCUUCAUCCAGAAUGCCUACGAAACGGUCCUGCUACUCCCCACCUAUGUGGGAGUGGAAGCUUUGAAGGUUUCAGCCAUAGACCCUGACAAAGAAGUCUCUACGGAGCUUACAUACUCUCUGACUGAUGGAGUACUGGAGCACUUUGCCAUCCAACCUUCCAGUGGAGUCAUCAUAGUCAAAAACAACAACUUUUCAAAGGAACGGUUUCGCUUCAGUGUCAAAGUUUCAGAUGGGAAAUUUUCGAGCUCAGCUCUGGUAACCAUUCUUGUCAGAGAAGCUCUGGAUUCUGGUCUCAGCUUCACCCACAGUCUUUAUUCCUCAUCUAUUGAAGAGAACGUAUCAAACAUCACCAAAGUGGCUGUGGUCAAUGCAGUGGGAAAUCGUCUCAAUGAACCAUUGAAGUACACCUUGUUGAAUGCAGGUACACGCUUCAAAAUCCGUCCAACUUCAGGUGUGAUCCAAACCACAGGUAUACCAUUUGAUCGUGAAGAGCAAGAGUUCUAUGAACUGGUCGUUGAGGCCAGAAGGGAGCAUGACCGUUUACACGUGGCCAGAGUUCUGGUUAAAGUCCAAGUGGAGGACAUAAAUGAUAAUGCUCCUGUGUUUGUUGGACUUCCUUAUUAUGCAGCUGUUCAAGUAGAAGCUGAGCCAGAUUCACAUAUUUUCCGGGUCAUGGCAGUAGACCGCGACAAAGGCAUUAAUGGAGAGGUGUCUUAUUAUCUCAAGGAUGACCACAGUCACUUUGAGAUUGACAAGCAGACAGGCAGUAUCAGCCUUAAGCGGGCCUUUGAGUCCGAUUUGUCUAAUGUGGAAUACCAGAUGGUGAUAUAUGCCAGAGAUGGAGGAUAUCCUCCUCUCUCUUCUACUACAGAGUUCCCUAUAACUGUAGUCAACAAAGCUAUGCCUGUUUUUGACAAAUCAUUUUAUUCUGUCACUGUGAAUGAGGACGUGGCUGUACACACGCCCAUCCUUGGUAUCAAUGCUACCAGUCCUGAAGGCCAAAACAUCAUCUACACCAUUGUUGACGGAGACCCUUCCCUUCAGUUUGACAUUGGUUUUGAUACCGGAGUCAUUAGUGUCAUCCAUUCUUUGGACUAUGAAACAUCUUCAUCCUACCACCUAACCAUCAGAGCCACUGACUACCUGACCGGAGCUCGUGCUGAGGUGGAUGUAGAUGUGGUAGUCCUUGAUGUUAAUGAUAACUUGCCCGUCUUCCAGAAAAUGUCUUACGGGGUUGUUUUGUCUGAAACUGUUAUGAUUGGGACUCCAGCUCUUCAAGUUAUUGCCAAUGACAAAGACUCAGAGAAAAACAAUGUUGUCCGCUACCAGAUCUUUUCAGAUGUUCAUAACAGCACAGACUACUUUCACAUUGAUAGCAGCAGUGGAUUAAUCCUCACAGCUCGAAUGCUAGACCAUGAACUAGUCCAGAAGUAUGACUUCACUGUUAGGGCCACGGAUAACGGCUUCCCACCACUGAGCAGUGAAGUGUCAGUCAUAGUUGUGGUGAAUGACAUGAACGACAAUCCUCCAGUUUUCAACCAGCUUCUCUAUGAGGCAUACGUGAAUGAGUUAGCACCCAGAGGACACUUUGUAACCUGUGUCCAGGCCUCAGAUGCUGACAGUUCUGACUUUGACAAGUUAGAGUACAGCAUUUUGUCAGGAAAUGAAAGAAUGAACUUUGUGAUGGACAAGAGGACAGGAAUCAUCACGUUGUCCGGCCACCGUAAGCAAAGAAUGGAGUCUACCUACAGCCUUAAUGUUUCAGUAUCUGAUGGGGUGUUCACCAGCACAGCACAGGUUCAUGUAAAGGUGCUGGGGGCCAACCUGUACAGUCCUGUCUUUGGACAGAGUAUGUAUGAGGCAGAGAUACGAGAGAACUCUGCCGUGGGGACCAAAGUUAUACAGGUGAAGGCUACAGAUGCAGAUCCUGGAGUCUUCGGAAACGUUGCUUAUUCCUUUGUUAAUGAUGUCGGCAAAGACCAAUUCAGCAUCGAUGCAAGUGGUCAGAUCAGCACAGUGGAGAAGCUUGACCGUGAAGACCCGGCUAAUAAGGACAUUGUUCUGACAGUAGCAGCACAGGACUCAGGUGGACGUGUCUCCUAUUGUACAGUACAAGUUACCUUGUUGGAUGAUAAUGACAAUGUACCUCUGUUCCGAGCCACAGAGUACAGAGCUUCAGUCAAGUCAGAUGUGGCUAAAGGUUAUUUGGUGACACAGAUUCAGGCUUAUGAUCCUGACGACAGCACUAAUGCCAAAGUGACAUAUUCUCUGUACAGUGAGGCCCACGUCCCUGUGGUAGACAUUUUGGAAAUAGACCCAGACAAUGGCUGGAUGGUGACCAAAGGUAGCUUCAGCCACUUGAGGAAUUCUGUUUUAUCUUUUUUUGUGAAGGCUGUGGAUGGAGGAAAUCCAGUUCGACACUCUCUUGUGUCCGUCUACAUCCAUGUUCUUUCUCCAGACACCUUCAUUCCCUCCUUCAGCCAACAUCAAUACAUAUUUCGCAUGCCAGAGGACACCCCUUUAGGUUCAGCCAUAGGCACAGUGCGCCUCAACCCCCCUCCUGGACAUGCCUCUUUUACUGCAUCCUUUGCUGUGAUUAACGGAGAGACUGGAGAAAACAACCAGGAUUGGGUGUUUGUGGUGGAGAAGGACACAGGUGUGAUCAAGCUUGAUAAGCCUUUGGACCACGAGGUGAUUAAAGGAUACCACUUUAAAGUCUUGGCAACUAUACAACAGGCCAAACUGGAUUCUGUGACUUUUGUGGAUGUUGAACUCAAAGUGUUGGAUCUAAAUGACAACAAACCAGCCUUUGAGGCUUUCUCCUAUGAAGCCACAGUGAUGGAAGGAAUGUCAGUCGGAACUAGGAUCAUACAGGUCCAAGCAACAGACCCUGACUCUGGAGCUAAUGGUCAGGUGACAUACAGCCUGGGGGCAUUGAUCCAGUCAGAAGAGGACUCCGAUGCAUUAGCUGACACUUUUAGCAUUGACAGCAACACAGGCUGGAUCUCCACACGCAAAGACCUGGACCAUGAGACCAAUCCAUCGUACACUUUCACAGUGGUGGCCUCAGAUCUUGGAGAGACUGUGUCUCUUUCCAGCAUCACCACAGUGACUGUAGCCGUCUCAGACAUCAACGACAACCCUCCCAAGUUUCUGGAGAAAAAUUAUGUUGGCUCAGUUCAGGAGAGCGACCCGCCGGGGGAGGUGGUGGCUGUGCUGAACACCAGAGAUGAUGACAGCUCAGCUGUGAACCGACAAGUCAGCUACCACAUCACUGGUGGGAACCAUCGUGGCGUGUUCGCUCUCGGCCUGGUUCAGGGUGAGUGGAAGAUGUAUGUGAAGUGGCCUCUUGACCGGGAGGAGUGUAACCUCUACAUCAUUAACGUCACUGCCAGCGACGGACUCUUUGUUUCCCAGGCAACUGUUGAGGUGACGGUGAUCGACACCAACGACAACAGCCCCGUGUGUGAGCAGGCUGUGUAUUUAGCCUCUGUCUCUGAGGACCUCCCCCUCCACAGCCCCCUUCUGGUGAUCCGAGCUUCAGACGCCGAUGCGGGCAUCAACUCGUGGAUCCAGUACUCCCUCCAUGGUCCAGGAUCUCAGGACUUCAUCAUGGAGCCGGACACAGGUGAGAUCAAGUCGUCGGUGCUCCUGGACAGGGAGGUGACGCCCAGUUACCGGCUGGUUGCCCAGGCGACAGACGGCGGCGGGAGGUGGUGCCGUGCGGAGGUUCAGCUGGUGGUGACGGACGUGAACGACAACCCGCCCAUCUUCACCCAAUCACAGUACACCGCCAGCGUGUACGAAGACACCGCCACCAAGGCCCUGCUGACCCGCAUCCAGGCCAUCGACCCUGACCAAGCAGGUCCGGGUCGGGUGGUGGACUACUCUCUGGCCGACUCUGCGGGAGGAUCCUUCUCCAUCGAUAAGUCGUCGGGCAUCGUGGUGCUGGAGCGCGUUCUGGACCGGGAGGUGCAGCCGGCCUAUCAGAUCACAGUCCACGCCUCGGACCAGGGCUCCCCGCAGACCCUCUCCUCGCUCGUCAAUGUCACCAUCACCGUGCUCGACAUCAAUGACAACCCGCCCGUUUUUGAACGCCGCGACCAGCUGGCCACGGUGCCAGAGGACGUGGGCGUGGGGACGGAGGUUCUGAGGGUUCACGCUGCCAGCAAAGACAUCGGCACCAACGCAGAGAUCAACUACAGCAUCCGGUCAGGAAACGAGCACGGGAAGUUCCACAUCCACCCACUGACAGGAGCGAUUCUUGUCGCCCAUCCUCUGGACUACGAGACCUGCAGAGACUACUUCCUGACGGUGGAGGCGCGUGACGGUGGCACGCCCCCGCUGAGCGCCAUCACCACGGUGAACAUAAACCUGACAGACAUCAACGACAACGCACCCAUGUUCAGCAGAGACCUGUACACGGCCUUGGUGUCAGAGGAUGCCACCAUCGGAGAGCCUGUGGUCCAGCUGUUAGCAGAGGAUGUUGACAGUCAGCAGAAUGGAGCCAUCCUUUACUCCAUCAUCAGUGGAGACCGGGACAGCUCGUUCUUCAUCGACCCACUGCGAGGGAUCGUCAAGGUCAACAAGCAGCUGGACCGAGAGACAGUCCCCAGUUACUCUCUAUCAGUCCGGGCUCUGGACAGCGGGGCCCCGCCCAUGUCCUCCACUGUGAUGGUCAACAUCGACAUCUCUGACGUCAACGACAACCCGCCCACCUUCUACCCCGCCAACUUGUCUACAGUCAUACAGGAAAACAAGCCUAUUGGGACCACCAUCCUCCAGCUGUCGGUGACAGACCAGGACUCCUCCCACAAUGGCCCCCCCUUUGAGUUCAAGAUCCUGUCAGGAAACUCAGGAGGAGAGUUUGUUCUGGAGAAAGAUGGGACGCUGGUGGCCAAUCAGGUGUUCAGGAGAGACCUGGCUACUGAAUAUGUCAUCCAGAUACAGGUGUCAGACUCGGGUAAGCCCCGCCUCUCUUCAUCCUCCAUGCUGACGGUCAGAGUGAUUGAGGAGUCGCUCCAUCGCCCUGUAGCUCUACCUUUAGAGGUUCACAUCGUCACCAUGGAGGACGAGUUUCCUGGAGGUGUGAUCGGCCAACUGCACGCCACCGAUGCUGAUCCCUAUGACGCUCUGACCUUUGGCCACGCCCCCCCGGCCCAGCGCAGCCUCUUCAAGAUCAAUCCUCGCGAUGGGAAGAUCAUUGCUCUGGGGGGUCUGGACGCUGGCCGCUACAACUUGAACGCCAGCGUGAGUGACGGCCGCUUUGCUGUGCCCGUGCCUGUGAGCGUGCACGUAGAGCAGGCGACCCCGGAAAUGCUGCGCGAAGCGGUGACCGUGCGUUUCGAGAGCGUGGCGCCGCAGGACUUUGUGGCUCUGCACAUGCGGAGUGUGUUGAAGGUGUUGCGUCAGGCCGCCGCCUCGCAGCAGCAGGACAAGCUGCACAUGCUCAGUCUGCAGCCGGUGGGCGGGACCCAGCAGUUGGACAUGCUGGUCGCCGUGGAAACGGCAGGGGAGGGUUACUACAAGGCGGCCUACCUGACGCAGAAGCUGAGCGCGUCGCGGCGGCGGCUCGAGGAGGUGCUCAGGGUGUCGGCCAUCUUGGAUAAGAACUGCUCGGGGCUGGAGUGUCGUGGCGCGCAGUGCGAGCAGAGCAUCAUCCUGGACUCGCACAACCUCGCAACGUACAGCACGCCACGCAUCAGCUUCGUGUCCCCGCGCUUCCACCGCACCUCGCGCUGCACCUGCACCGACUCCAGCUGUGCUGUGCUCUCUGAACAGUGUGAGGACCAGCCCUGUCCCGCAGACAUGCAGUGUGUCUCCAUCGAGGCCAGCAGAGGGCGCUACGCCUGCCAGUGUCCCCCUGGAAAACUGGGAGAGUGUGCAGGUCACUCGUCUCUGAGUUUCUCAGGUAACAGCUACAUUAAGUACCGUCUCUCCGAGCGCCUUCAGACAGAGCUCAAGCUCAGCCUGAGGAUCAGAACGCUGCAGAGCCGAGGAAUCAUCAUGUACACACACACUGAACCCUGCACCGUGCUCAAGCUGGAGGAGGGGAAGCUGUGGUUCCAGCUGACCUGCGCUCUCUCUGACGGACCCUCUGAUGACAUGUUGGGGAUCUCUGGUCGGAGGAUAAAUGACGGCGGCUGGCACACGGUCACUCUGGAGAUCAACAGGAACUACAGCAGCCUAGCACUCGACGACAGCUACGUGGAGCGACGCCGCGGACCACCAUUCAUCCAGCCGCUGGCUCCCGACAGAACCAUCUACUUUGGAGCUCUGGUGCAGAACCCAAACUCUCGCAGCCUGAUGGAGUCUCAGAAGGACCCGCGGGUGCUGGAGGGGUUUCAGGGCUGUCUAGACUCUGUGAUGCUCAACAACAACGAGCUGCCGCUGCAGAACAAACGCUCCCGAUACGCUGAGGUGGUGGGGCUGACCGAGAUGAAGCUGGGCUGCAUCCUUUACCCAGACGCCUGUCUGCAGCAGCCCUGUCGAAAUGGAGCCACCUGCACAGGCCUGCCCUCUGGUGGCUUCUCGUGCAGUUGUAACCCCCAGUUCACGGGGGGGCGCUGUGAGAUGGAGAUAACGGCAUGUGUUCCUAACCCGUGUCAGAACGGAGGAGCAUGCAAAACCAUCGGGAACGCCUUCCUGUGCAGCUGCAGGAGAGGAUUCAAGGGCCUGACCUGUGAGGAGGACGUGAACGAGUGUGACCGCAGCAACCCGGAGGGCGAGUGUGAGAACGGUGGCGUGUGCGUCAACACCCACGGCUCAUUUUAUUGUAACUGCACGGCAGGCUUCGUGGGUCAGCGCUGCAGCCUGCGGCCCGUCGUCGUCCCCGACAUGCAGGCGGGACACGCCGUGGUGGGCAAGGAGGAGCUGAUCGGCAUCGCUGUGGUGCUCUUCGUCAUCGUCACCCUCAUCAUCCUCUUCAUCGCCUUCAGGAAGAAGGUGUUCCAGAAGAACUACUCCAGGAACAACCUGUCGCUGGUCCAGGACCCCGCCACCGCCGCGCUGCUCAACAAGGCGAACGGCGUCCAGUUCAAGACCCUGCACUGCUCACCAGGAGACCCCCUCAACCUGUACUCAGAGCCCACCAUGGUGGGGGUCAGCGGGAUGCUGGGACCCCCGCAGGUCCCCGUGAGGCCCAUGGCGUACACACCCUGUUUCCAAGGCGACCCGCGGUCUACGCUGGAGAAGAUGGUGGACGGCCGGGGGGUGGAGCACACAGAGAUGAGCACCUUCCACCCAGAGUCCCCCAGGAUCUUGUCGGGGACCACCAGGAGGGGGGUGGUGGUCUGCAGCGUGGCCCCAAACCUGCCGGCGGUGUCCCCCUGCCGCUCCGACUGCGACUCCCUCCGCAAGUGUCCCUGGGACAGCGACGAGGGUAAGAUGGCCGACAUGGCAGAGGAAGUGACCUGUUUCUCAGGGAGCAACAAAGGCAGCAACUCAGAGGUCCAAUCACUGAGCUCCUUCCAGUCUGACUCGUGUGACGAUAACGCCUCCAUAGUGACUGUCAUUCGACUGGUCAAUGAUGCAGUCGACACAAUCGAGAGUGAAGUCUCUGUUAUGGAUCACGGUCAAAGCUACAACAGAGCGUAUCACUGGGACACGUCGGACUGGAUGCCAAGCACACGGCUGUCCGACAUCGAGGAGGCUCCCGGCGGUGAGGCGGCAGGGUCGGCCCCCCGCCUCACAGGAAGCACGCGUGAACUGGAGUCAGACUACUAUCUGGGGGGCUACGACAUUGACAGCGACUACCCGCCUCCCCACGAUGAGGUGUUCUUGUCCCAGGACCAGCUCCCGCCCCCCUUGCCCACAGCUGAGGACUACCCCGAGGCCUACAUGCCGCUGGCCGCCAAUCCCCCGGCGUCCAAGGACAGCACCCUGAGCUCGGGCAGCGCAGGCCGUCAGAACGCCAGGCCGCACUUCCACCCGAGCCAGUACCUGCCCCCCCACCAGCUGCCCUUGGGUGAGCAGCCCCACGGGGACUUCGGUGCGUCAGGGGGCGGGGUCACCCCAGGAAACGGGGGAGACACCGAGGACUCUGUGUCUGUGAACAUACGUCUGUCUGUCGGGGCGUCGUCGGCCUCAGACAUGUCUGCCCCCUGUGGGCUGGACGACUCGGAACACGGCAGUGACUUUGACAGUAUGGAUGAGCUGCGGCGAGGAGUGACCAUCAUCACAGACUCUCAGCAGCAGACAGAGGUGUGAUGGUAAGACAGAUGAUUGGAGGAAGGAGGAUGACAUGGAGCAGACGGCAGGACACAUGAAUGUCAACACAGAGGGAGACAUUACACCAACUAAAACAAACACUGUACACACAACAUCCACCAUGAUGAAACCAGUCUGUGUGAUGUCAGUGUCCCCCGCUGUACAGACCAAUCAGAAGUGUCCUCCCUGCUGCAGUAGGGAGUCAUGGACAUGUGUUCAGAGCGGUUUAGAGAAUGUGACAGAUUGAUCUUUAGAGAUGACAUGUACAGAUGUGGUAAAGUGAAGGAAAGAGAAGGACAAUCAUGAAAGUGAAACAGUUUGUAAUGUUCCCUGCUCCUUCAAACGUCCAUCACACCUCCUCUUUCUAAAAAAAAUAAGAAAAAACUAAAUCCUCCUUUUCUGUUCCCUCCUCUUGGAUUUGUACAUUUUUGUAGCACUUCCAGAUUGUACAGACUUUGUAAAAUAGAACGAGCUUACUGAUGAAAAAAGUGUGUUCUGGACACAUUUCAGAGAGCCAUGUAUGUGUUUAAUGUGGAAUGUGCUCGCUCCUGUCCAAAAAAGAAAAAAAAAGAUAAAGUUCCCGCAAAGCCAUGAAACAUCAGCCAUCAUAAUGUUCAGUGAGCUUCCACUGGUAUGUUUGUACCACGUUUGUGCAGAAGUCAAGAGCUGCUGUUGUUUUUAGUCUGCUUUAAGGAUGUUCUCAUCAGACCAAGAAUACAUUAAAAAAACAUACACAAUACUCUUAAUUUAAUAUUUGAAGACUAUGAUCCUUGGUUAAAAAUGAAUCAUAAUGUAAAAUGAAAACUAAAUCAUGUUUACACACAUAAGGUUUGGAUUGACUUUAUAAUUUUUUACUAAAGUAAAGGGUCUGAAUGCUUCAUCCAUCAAUAGAUAACAGGAAGUCCUGGAAAUAAAUCUGAGCAGCACACCAACAGAUUUGAUCCAGAAAACUGACAUCAUCAUGUUGUCAUCAAAAAAUCAGUGAACAUUCAGAGACCAAGUGUUUAUGAUUUAACAUAUCAGAUUGGAUCCAGUAUUGUGAACUUGUUUUUCAACAGAAAAAAAGGAUUAUGUAAUCGAGUGUUCAGUUUUUUGUUUUUUUUAUCCUGAUCAAACCUCCUCAAAAAAAAUCAGGAUCACCCUGACCGCAGCAGAGGGCUGAUUCAGACGAAAAAGAAGAAGAAAAUCAAUGUAUUGGACAACCAAGACAACAUAUUGAGUGUAGUUGAUAUACUCAGAUAUUUUUUAAACAUAUUUUGGGCUAAAAUGUUUUUUUUUCUUCAGGGACAAAGUAGUUAAGGUGCACAUUAGCAGAGUAAACAUGAAAUAUUUCACCAAACAGCAUAAAUAUCAAACAUUUUCAAGCAUCUGUGAGUAUCAUCCUCUUCAUGUGGACUUUGGCUCCCCCUGUGGACAAAAUAUGUAGUGUCUCCUUUAAAGCUGGUGAUCUGGAUUUAGAAAUCCUUAAAAGUCAGUACCUGGAUCAUGGUGAUCGUAUCGACUUUUUCUUUACAGAACCAGGACUAAAGUGAUCUGGAUUACCUGAUCCUGUAUAGAAAACAAAUUGAUUAAUAGUAAUAAUAUUUGGGGCGCCAGAUAGCCGAGCAGUUGUCUUGCACUUCUUGGGCCCUUUGAUGCACGUCAUCCUCCACUCUCUCCUCAUAAUGUUUCCUGUCUAAAACCUGACCUAAAACCGAACCUUGCGGUACACCACAGGUAAUGUUAGAGGUAGAGGAGGAGUAGUUACCGAUGGUGACCGCGAAGGUUCUUUCUAAAAGAUAAGAGUAAAACCAGCUAAGUGCAGUAUCCUUUAAACCAACCCAAUGUCUGAGACGAUCAGUUAAAAUUGUGUGAUCAACAGUAUCAAAAGCUGCGCUAAGAUCUAAAAGAAUUAAAAUAAUAUUAAGAUAAAACUGAGUAACAGCAGCUGCUCUUGGCUUCAGCGUUUGUUUUGUGUUUGUUGCACUGGUUACAUUUGGUUUGUUGUUGUUUUUUUUAAACAAUGUUUUUUCUUUUUAAUUAAAUUUUGUGCCAUAUCACUAACAGCCUGCAGGUGGCAGUGUGUCAUGGGGGAGAGACUUUGUAAAGCACACGAUGAGACUGCAGGUUUAAAAUAUUUUGCCAAAAAUAAUUGGCCAGCACCAGCUGCACUGCUCUGAGAGCCUGAGUCCAUAUUUGAUCUUUAAUUUGAUCAGCUGAUGUGUUUAAUGCUGGCACGCCACGUCUCUAAAGCCAUGAGGAGCAAACACGUGCAUCCACAGUUUCCUGUUCCUCUGUAGCAUCUUCAACAUGUAUGCAAACUAGGGUUGUCAAGAUACCAAAUUUAUUAACUUGAAUAUGAUUCUAGUAAAAAAUCAACUGUUUGAUACCAUGGCAACAACAACAGAUGUCCUAAUCACCCAACAUUGGGUCAUUUCUUGAUUUUAACAAAAAAUUGCAGACAAACUCCUGCAUGUCAGUACAGAACAUUGCCAACACAUUUAGAGAGUGUGCAGGAGUUUGUCUGUGAUGUUUGAUGGACUGAUUCCUCUCCUACACAUCGGUCUUAUGAAAUAGAUGUAGUUUUCUUUUUUAAAGCUUCGGUACUUUCCAUGCUAUCCAUCAUUGCAAUUACAGAUUGUAUCUUUGGUAUCAAAGAGGAACCUUACUGCAGGUCACUGAUCAGCACGUCCUCUGGGAAGUCCUGUGAUAUCUGCACACAGCUCCUGCUCUUUGUAAAGAUGUAUGUUUGUGUUAAACCUGUACAGUGUACAUAGCUAGGUUGUUAAAAUGCUGAUUUUGUAGAUACUGAAAUGCAAUCUGAACUGCCUUUGUUAUUUCUUUUUGUUUAGUUGUACUGUUUGAUGUGAAUGUGGACGCAAAGAGACUUGAUUUAUUAUCACAUCAUUCCUCUCUCCCACUGACCGACUGAAUACCAUGUCUAUAUUAGAGAUACGUUUUGCACAGUAUUAAAUCCAGACUUUUUUUUUAUUAUUAUUUCCUUUUGUUAAACUUUUUUCAGGUCAUGAGGGAUCUUUUUGUACAUUUUUAUUUCACCAGGAAUGUUUCAAUGAAUUCCUAAUGUUCCAGCAUUAGGCAGUGUCACCUGUAUGCCAUCUACCUGCAGACUGACUGCACAAAGGGAGUGCUGUUUUUCAACACAGUGCAGACAAUAAAAAAGGUUCUUGCUCACAGAG